ACUGGUUAAAGCAUGCAAAAAUGUCUUUCAAAUUUGUAAAUAAAAACAAUUUUGGACGUGGUUUUGAAGAUUUAUUUUGUGAAUUGUGUAGUUCAUAAACAAUGGCCAUGGAUGCUCAGGAAAAAAAGAGACUAGCUAAUGAAAAACGUUUAAAAGCUAUACAAGAAUGGAAGAAAAAUAGAAAUCUACAUUCAGUCAAAGUAGAAGCAAAACCAGUUCGAGUAAAUUUUGAAGAAUUAGGAAAGAAGAAUAUACCUGAAAACAAACUUACAUUAUUUAAUUCAGAUGGAGAGGAGGAUAAUUUUGAAGAUGAUUUUCAUGUACGUCCUCAAUUUGAAGGUGCAAAGGGCCAAGAAUUGUUGGAAUUAAAUGCUGAGCUGUCAAGCCGCUUUAAACUAGAUGAACGGUUUAAAGAAGAUGAUGAUUUAUCUGAAACUAAUGCUGCAGAAAUAAAUGAAGAAAAAGUGAAAAACAUCAAAAUUCUUGAAUCUGUUUUGGGCUAUGAAGUUGCUGAAAAAUUCCCAGAAGGAAAGAGUGUGAUAAAAAAAAAACGUCUUAUGAGAUUUGAUCCUGAAGAUGAAAAUGCAUCAAAAUAUUUAAAAGCAAAUGACAUCUCAGAAGAACAUCCACAAACAAAAGUUCGAAAGAAAAAGGAGAAAGAAGAGUUAAAUAAAGAAGAAAAGCAAGAAAUACCUAUUUCUUCUGAAAGAUAUAUUGAAGUCAGUUCAAAUUUGAAAGACUUAUUAAGUUCAUCAUCAACUCCAUUUAGUUUAUCUCAGAAAUUUAGUAAUGAAACUGAUAAUGAUUCUAAUACUGGCUUUUCCUUUUCAUUUGGAACAAAAGAAGAUUCACAAGUGAAACAAAUAGUUCCAAAAAAUAAAAAAGAGGAACCUAAAACAUCAAAACAACCACAGCAAACAAGGAAUAUAUUUGAAAAUAGACAAAAGUUUCAGUUUUUUAUUGCUGAGGAUGAUGAUAAGUUAAAAGAAGGUGUAGAAUUUUUUCAAAGGAAAAGGACUCUUGGAGAAAUACAUGAUGACUGGAAUAAAAGAAAAGCUGAUGUGAUGGAAUUAUUCAGAAGAAAGAGAAAAUCCAACCAAAGAGGAUUUGUAACUAGAAUAAAAGCCAGUCAAAAAAACAAAGCUUAUGCAAAAAAAUAAAUUUUUUAUAUGAAAA